GUGGAACCUUCUGUUGACCCCUCACCUCCUCCUUCGGAUAUUUUGGGGCGCUCGGAAAUUGCGCCGCUGUCUGGACCGUACCAAGUGUCUCCGUGAGAGGGGGUACCUCGACGGCCGCAUCGGUCGGGCGGGCUCUUUUCUGCGUGACCAUGCACCUGCCGUUCGAUGCCCCUGGACAUCGGUUUUUCCCGACGGCCUCGCUCGCGCCCCCCACAAUCGGUCCAAAACGACGCUGAAGCUACGUAGGUGGCUCACUUGUCUUGGUUCAGUGCGGAGCCAUUCAGCGACGUCUUAGGCCGUCAACAGAGAGCGACAAGAGGAGAGGAGGGGAAAGGAGGGACGGCGGCGGACGCGCUCUAUUGUCUCGGGUUGAUUGGGAUUGUCGGGUCCCCUCACGAAGAUGUCUCAGGCGACCACGUCGUCGUUGCUGGCAGCACUGUGUAGCAGCGUCCUCCUCGUCGUCACCGGCAGAGCGUCGUCCUCACUUCACCGAAGGUGUGAGGACAGUUUGGCCACGCCUCUUCCUUAUAGCUCCUUCACCAGCUCAUCAGUUUACGCUCGAGAUUAUGGGGCUGGCUAUGCCAAGCUUAACCGGAAACAAGGCGCCGGAGGCUGGUCGCCUUCCGAUUCAGACCGCUACCAGUGGUUACAGGUCGACUUGGGUGCCAGCAAGCAGCUCGUUGCCAUAGCGACUCAGGGUCGCUACAGUAGCUCCGACUGGACCGGCAAAUAUCAGCUUCUUUAUAGUGACACACAGACAAACUGGAGGCCUUAUCGACAGGAUGGAAGCAUCUGGACAUUUGACGGGAAUGUGAACAGCGAUGGUGUGGUUCGUUAUGAGCUGCAGCACGCCUUCUUGGCCCGUUAUAUCCGCUUUGUUCCAUUGGAAAAGAGCAAGGCGGGACGUGUCGGAAUACGUCUGGAACUAUAUGGCUGCUCGUACUGGGCUGAUGUGAUCGGUUUUGAUGGCCAUGGAAUCCUCUCCUACCGCUUCAGGAGUAAAAAAAUGAAGAUUGUGAAGGAUGUCAUUGCUCUUAAGUUUAGAACCACAGCUGGGGAUGGGGUGCUGCUUCACGGGGAGGGACAGCAAGGAGACUAUGUUUCUCUGGAGCUCCGAAGGGCGAGACUUCAGCUCAGCAUGAACCUUGGCAGCAACCAAUAUGGCUCCAUCCAGGGUCACACCUCUGUGACCAGUGGGAGCUUACUUGAUGAUGACCAUUGGCACUCCGUUGUCAUAGAGCGUUACCGAAGGAAUGUCAACUUUACCCUGGAUCACCAUGUUCAUCACUUCAGGACCAAUGGAGAGUUUGCGCACCUCGAUCUUGACUAUGAGAUUAGCUUUGGGGGCCUACCUCUAUCAGCAAAAUCAAGCUCAGGAGGUCGAGAGAACUUUGUGGGCUGUAUGGAGGGGAUCACCUACAAUGGCGACAACAUCACGCACUUGGUCCGCAGGGGGAAAGUGGACAUCUCCAGCUUUCGCAACUUAACAUUCUCAUGUGCUGAGUCCAACACCUUCCCAGUCUUCUUCAACUCCACAUCCUUCCUGCGCCUGCCUGGUCAGACUGACAGUGACACCCUGUCUGUCAGUCUGUCUUUCAGAACAUGGAACCCAAAUGGACUGCUAAUGUUCACAGUGCUGGCUGAUGGCUGGGUGGAGGUGGGACUGGCGGAGGGCAAGAUAACUGUAUAUAUGAAUGUGACGCAAAAGAAGAACACACACAUUGACAUUUCAUCAGGCUCCGGCCUGAAUGAUGGCCAGUGGCACAGUGUCCAUCUGAAUGCUUUGGAGAACUAUGCGAUGCUAACAGUGGAUGGAGACGAGGCAUCCACAGUCAGAACAGCCAUCCCAGUUCAUGUCAUGACUGGAGGAACAUACUACUUUGGAGGUUACUUUCCACAUACAGCCACUCACACUCUUCAGCGCCCCUUCCAGGGCUGCAUGCAGUUGAUCCACAUAGAUGAUCAUCUAGCUGACCUCAAGGCUGUGGAACAAGGUCUCAUUGGAACAUUUGAAAAUGUCAGCCUGGAUAUGUGCGCUAUCACUGACAGGUGCGUUCCCAACCACUGUGAGCAUGGUUCCCGUUGUUCUCAGACAUGGGAUGCAUUCACCUGCAACUGUAGUGGCACCGGAUACGCUGGAGCUACCUGCCAUACCUCCAUGUUUCAGCAGUCCUGUGAGGACUAUAAGCACCAGGGUAGAAGCUCUGGGAGUUACUGGAUUGACCCAGAUGGCAGUGGGAGUUUAGAACCUUUCAGAGUUAUGUGUGACAUGACAGAAGACAAAGUUUGGACUACAUUGAAAAACAACCUCGCACCUCAGACAUCAGUCAUGACUGCUGAUCCAGAUGAGAAGGCAGUGCUGCAGAUCACUUACAAUGUAACAGAUGAGCAGCUGUUUUCGGUCACCAGCAGUGCUGAAAAGUGUGAGCAAUAUCUAGCCUACGCUUGCCGAAUGUCUCGUCUGCUCAACACUCCAGGCAGUGAACCGUUUACCUGGUGGUUAGGACGAGCCAAUGAGAGACAUUUCUAUUGGGGAGGUUCAGGCCCAGGGAUACAGAAGUGUGCAUGUGGAAUAGAACACAACUGUACUAACCCCAAACACUAUUGCAACUGUGAUGCUGAUCAGCGCUCCUGGAGAGAGGAUGCAGGCCUGUUGGUGUAUAAGGACCAUUUGCCAGUCCGGCAGGUUGCGGUCGGCGAUACAGGCAGAGCUGGAUCUGAAGCCAAGCUGACAGUGGGGCCGCUUAGAUGCCAGGGGGACCGGAAAUUCUGGAAUGCUGCGUCCUUCACCAGUCCAGCUUCCUCCCUCCACUUCUCUUCCUUCAGAGGAGAAACCAGCACUGACAUCUCCUUCUACUUUAAGACCUCCUCCGGUCAUGGAGUCUUUCUGGAGAACUUGGGAACAUCUGACUUCCUUCACAUUGAACUAAGAGGAGGCUCCCUGGUGUCGUUCUCCUUUGACGUGGGCAGUGAGCGAAUGGAGCUUGUUGCGCGAUCUGCGGUGCCCCUAAAUGAUGACCAGUGGCAUCGUGUGGAGGCUGAGAAGAACGUCAAAGAGGCGGUGCUGCAGCUUAACGGGCAGCACCGAGAGGUCAGACGCAUGCCUCCGCAGGGCCACACAAAACUGGAGUUCUACAGUGACCUGUACCUUGGUGCCUCAGGUGGUCAGAGGGGUUUUCUGGGCUGCAUGCGAGCUCUGAAGAUAAGUGGACUUACCUUUGACCUGGAGGAGAAGGCUAAAGUGACUCCAGGGGUAGGUCCCGGCUGCCAGGGCCACUGCAGCAGCUAUGGGAUGCACUGCAAGAAUGGAGGCAAAUGUGUGGAGCAGUACAACAGAUACUCCUGCGACUGCUCACUCACUGCGUUCGAUGGCCCCUUCUGCACUGAGGAUGUGGGUGCCUACUUUGAAACGGGGACUCUGGUGCGCUAUGACUUUUCGCCAGAGGCAGCCCCCUCUGUGGUCCAGGAGGGGAAAAGCUUUUCAGCCGUUGCCGUUCCCAUUGAGGCCAACCUGACUCACGAGGAGCUUAUUUUCAGCUUCAGCACUUCCAGCGCUCCAAGCAUCCUGGUGUACAUCAGCUCCAGGACUCAGGACUACCUGGCUGUGGUGCUCAGGCAUAACGGAACGCUCCAGAUCCGCUACAGAUUGGGAGGGCUAACAGAACCUUUCACGAUAGAUAUUGACCAUCGCAACAUGGCCAACGGGCAGCCUCACGCUGUCAACUUAACCCGACACUUUCGGGAGAUACGAUUGCAGCUGGACCACUACCCAGUGUCAACUUACACACUCCCUGAGGCCUCCGAUACAGAAUUCAACUUGAUCAAAAGUCUGUUUCUCGGAAAGGUUUUUGAAACGGGACAGAUUGACCCGAUCUUGAUCGAGCGCUACAACACACCGGGCUUCGUGGGCUGCCUCUCAAGAGUUCAGCUGAACAGUGUGGCACCACUCAAAGCCGCCCUGCGCUCUGGCCAGGCGGCGCCCGUCGGCACCCACGGGAUUCUGGUCCCGUCCAAUUGCGGAGCCUCUCCUUUGACUCUCUCUUCCCUGGCAGCGAAUGACCCCUGGCACGUAGAAACCGUCGGAGCCGCUUCUCCUUUCAGCGAGGAAUCGUCCGGCGGCAAUGCCGUCGAUCGAAACUCUGCUGUCAUUGGAGGCGUCGUUGCCAUGGUCGUCGUCACGGUGUCGUGCAUCAUGGUGUUUGUCGUCCGCCACACGUUCCGACACAAAGGCUCCUACCACACCAACGAGGCCAAGGGAGCCGAGUCGGCCGACUGCGCCGACGCAGCGAUCAUCGUCAACGACCCCGCCUUCACCGAAACCAUUGACGAAAGCAAGAAGGAGUGGUUCAUCUGAGCCAUCUUUCUCAACAGCAACAUGGACGCAAAGACUGUAGGAUGUAUGUAGUUAGUAAAUAGUGGAACCUGGAGAACUUGUUUAGGGGCGUUUGUGUGGACAUCAGCGCAUCCGUGUUGAGCACGUGAGGCAAAGCCUGUGGGAGGCAGUUUAUUUGAACCAUUUUAAAACCAACUGCGGGGCAAAGAAAACGCCACGGACGGACGGACGUGGGAAUGAUACGCUCAAUAGCUUCAUUUAUUUAUCGAUAUUUAUGUUCUAUUUCGUAAUGUAUUUUCUUUAUUUGCAUUCUUGCAGUAAAUACGGUCAAGGGAAAGACAACAAUCCUGUAAACCGCUACUUUGUGCCAACUAAUAAUACUGCACAUUCAUAACGACGCUAUAAUCAUGCUUUGUUUUAUGUGCAGCAGUGAAAUCUUACCGUGCAUGUCGAAGGAAAUUCAACGCUUUUGAUUUAUUUUGUGCCUAAUUGUCUCUGAAAUGACCAAACUGCACUGAUUUUAUUCUUCACUCUUGCUGCCAAAAUCCGUUUCAGACACCACUGGAAUCCCAUCAGUCCGAAAGACUCCACUGGUUUUGCUCCCCCAGUAUUCAUUUAAUGUGAUUUUAAAAAAUAAAACAUAAAAAUGUAAUUAAAUUGUAGCACUCCAGCGCAGUGUUUAGUUAGUAAGUAAGAUAGCUCGGCGAUUCCACCUACAAUUACUUUAUCAACUGGAUGAAUGGGCUGCUUUUUUUUUUUUUAAAAGGUACAUUAUCUUAAAACAACCUGUUUACGUUUCAUGAAGGAUGCCGUUCCAAGUUAACAAUGUUGCUUCCGUACAAACUAUAGCUUACUCACAUUGUGACAUUUGAUUGUGUCCCAUUUCUUUGCAGUGCGAUGUAAUAGCAUGACAUUUUCUUCAUUGUUUUCUGUAAAAUGCUUUGUCUGAUUCUUUUAUAG